GCAGGUUGUCGCCUUGCACGGCGGCGACACGCAGCUGAGCAGGACUGCUGGGAAGGAGCUGGAGGAGGCGACAGCCGGGUUCGCUCGGGGCCGGCCGACCCCGCCCGGGACUCAGCCGUGGCGGAGCGUCGGUCGUGGUCGGUGGGUCGGCAGGGUCGCGACCCGGGACGUUCCUGUCCCGAAUGCGGAGGGUGCGGGCUUUUGGCCUCCGGAGCCCCGAGGGAGCGGCGCCUACGGGAGCGGCGCCGUCGAGCGGGGACUUGGAGGCUCCUGAGUAGGGAGCUGCCUCUGGCUCUGACAGGUGGUCAUGCGGGGGUCGCCCCGAGACCUCUGUAUGGCUUUUCAAUUUUAGUUGAAAUUCCCUCCAUGGCCUUUUGGAGUCUGUUGGUGUGUCUCCAGAGUAAAUUUCGAUUCCUCUGCAUUUUCAUCAAUGUUGGAGUGGCAAGAAAAAGGAAGUGAUUUGGGGUGAAAAGGUAUAACGAACUGUAAACAUCCAAAAAAAGAAAAAGCAAAAAGAAAAAAAUGGGGGAAAAGAAACCAGAGCCUUUGGACUUCGUGAAAGAUUUCCAGGAGUACCUGACUCAGCAGACCCAUCAUGUGAACAUGAUUUCCGGCUCAGUUAGUGGGGACAAAGAAGCAGAGGCUCUUCAGGGAGCUGGAACAGAUGGUGAGCAAAAUGGACUUGACCACCCAUCUGUUGAAGUUUCCCUGGAUGAAAACUCAGGAAUGUUAGUAGACGGGUUUGAAAGGACCUUUGAUGGGAAGCUCAAGUGUCGGUACUGCAACUAUGCCAGCAAAGGAACAGCCCGGCUUAUUGAACACAUUAGAAUCCACACAGGUGAGAAACCUCACAGAUGCCACUUAUGUCCAUUCGCAUCUGCUUAUGAACGUCAUCUGGAAGCCCACAUGCGCUCCCAUACAGGAGAAAAACCGUACAAAUGUGAACUAUGUUCCUUCUGCUGCAGUGAUCGGAGUAAUCUGUCUCAUCAUCGAAGGCGCAAGCAUAAAAUGGUGCCAAUUAAAGGUACUAGGUCUUCCUUAAGCAGCAAGAAAAUGUGGGGGGUUUUACAGAAGAAAACAAGCAAUCUGGGCUAUAGCAGAAGAGCACUGAUCAACUUAAGCCCGCCUUCCAUGGUGGUUCAGAAGCCAGACUACCUUAACGAUUUUACUCACGAGAUCCCAAAUAUGCAGUCUGACUCCUAUGAAAGUAUGGCAAAAACCGCAUCGACUGGUGGCCUACCGAGGGAGCCCCAAGAACUUAUGGUUGACAACCCUUUAAAUCAGCUCUCAACUCUAGCAGGACAGUUGUCCAGUAUGCCACCUGAAAACCAAAACCCAGCCUCCCCCGAGGCAGUCCCCUGCCCUGAUGAGAAGCCGUUCAUGAUGCAGCAGCCCUCCGCCCAAGCAGUCGUUUCUGUCGUGUCAGCAGGUAUGCCUCAGAGCUCCUCUCCCACGAGCCCCGAGCCUCGGCCGUCGCACACUCAGAGGAACUGCAGCCCCGUGGCGGGUCCGAGCAGUGAACCGAGUGCCCACACGAGUACUCCUAGCAUAGGAAACAGCCAGCCAAGCACACCCGCCCCCACCCUGCCAGUCCAGGACCCGCAGCUUCUGCACCACUGCCAGCACUGUGACAUGUACUUUGCCGACAACAUCCUUUACACUAUUCAUAUGGGAUGUCAUGGGUAUGAAAAUCCUUUUCAGUGUAACAUAUGUGGAUGCAAAUGUAAAAACAAGUAUGAUUUCGCCUGUCAUUUUGCAAGGGGGCAACAUAACCAACACUGAUAGAGAACAGUCACCUUAUGUUUUAACUUGGGUUUUGCCUUUUUGUGUUUUUUAGUUUUGUCUGGCUUGUUUUGUCAUCCCUAGUAAGGUGUUGGCUAAUUUAACAUUUAUACAUUGUAUUUAUUGAAUAUAAAUUUGACAGUGCUAACAUAAUUUUUCUUUUUUUCCCUUAAAAAUCUGGUCAGAAUCAUAUGUAUUAGAACAUACCAUUAGACACAUUGCUGUCUGUUUUUCCUUUUCAUUUAGACAUUUGAGAAUUGGAGUGCAAUCAUAAUCUUACAGGUAUUCACUUAAAUUUGCCACAUUUAUGGUCCAUAAAAACUUCAAGGCUUAUCUUGAUAUUUCAGUAUAUACACUUCAGCUAGAUGGUAUUUCUGCCACAUUUGAAAAUGGUAGAAUUCUCAAAAAAAUUGUUACAACUUAUUUCAGUGUUUAGUAGAGGAAUUUCUUUUAAAAUGCUCUUAAUUGAAAUACUAUUUAGUUCACAUAGCUUAAGUUGAAUUGCUAGUUUCAUUUCAACUGAUAAUAAAGUAUUUCAGUAUAGUAAAUGUUUCUAUUUUCUAUGAAGGGAAAGGAAAGCAGUUAAUUCUUUUUAAAUUAAAGUUAUAAAAAUAUGAGAUAAAAGUUCUGAAAAGAAAGGAAACUUAAGACUUGAAAUAAAAAACGGGGUUUAAUUUUUAAAAUACCUGUUUAUUCAGUUUCUAGUUUUAAUUAAUUUUCUGUCGGACUCUUUAUUAUAGUUAAUCAUAAAAACCACAGGCAAAUACAUGAGAAUUCUAGAAAUAGGAUCAUUUAUGAAGAUGCCUUUUAAAAAAAUUUGAACCUACAUUUAAGUCCUUCAUUCUGAUGUCACUAGUGUCAGGUGAGGUCGGUCACUUGGACUCUGUUAUUCUUCCUAUCCCUCUGAUAGCCAGCGAGGAGCAGUGGAAGCCGUCCAUCUUAUUCCUCGGAAAUGCAGUCCUUCAAAAAAAAAAGUCUCUGGUUUCUUAUUCCUGCCUUCUAUCCAUUUAUUGCCCAUAAUUUCCAAGAACAGGUGGGCGUGGAAACAUAUGGAAAAAUAUAAUGGUGAAAUAAUAUUUUUAAAAAUGAGACUACACGUCCAGAAGAAAUUCUGGUCUCCUCCUCAGAAUUGGCCAUCUAUUUUCUGUAAAUUCAAGUUGUGAUGCUUAUUUGCAGUUUGACCAGUUUUUCAUGUACAGUGACAAAACUAUAUGGAAGCUGUCAUUGAAUUGUCGCCUUAGUAGAAAAGGAUAAAGUGUGAAAAUAGAUAUAAAAUGCAUUUAAAUGUGGUAUUUGUUUACAAAAAUAAGACUUGCUAAAUACAUCUAGACUAAUUAAUUUUGAAUAGGAGGCUAUUGUUUUUAUAUUGUGUAAUAACUAGCUUACUCUGAAGAGAGUUGGUCAAACAAUAAAAUAUAUUGUUACUAA